AUGCCGAAGGAUCCUAAUCCAACUAGAUUGCUGUGGGUGAAGAAUCCUGAGCAAAGUAAAAAGCUCUUGGAUGAAGAAUCUCUAUUCUGGCUAGACCUCUGUCUCAACAUUCUCAAGCAAAUGCAAGGGGCUCUGCUGCAGAUAACGGUAACAGUGGCAGGGCUGACCUGUAAGGAGCCUAUAACAUGCAGCCGUGAUGUGGUUAUUUGUCCUGACUCCAGCCUACAAGACGCAGCUAAACAGGGUCCAUAUGACAUGAUUGUAUUACCUGGAGGAAACCUUGGAGCCCAGAACUUAGCUGAGUCUCCAGCUGUAAAAGAAGUGCUGAAGGCCCAGGAUUGCAGGAAUGGUUUGAUUGCUGCUAUCUGCGCAGGCCCCACAGCUCUGCUGGCUCAUGAAAUAGGCUAUGGGAAGAAAGUCACGACCCAUCCCCUGGCUAAGGACAAAAUGAUGAAUGGAGAUCAUUAUAUCUACUCUGAAGCUCGUGUGCAGAUAGAUGGGAAUAUCCUCACUAGCAGGGGGCCUGGCACCAGCUUCGAGUUCGGCCUUGCCAUUAUUGAACAGCUUCUUGGAAAAGAGGUGGCUGAGAAGGUCAAAACCCCUUUGGUCCUGUGAAACUGCCAACUUCAGAGAACGAUGCUGUUACUGGGGAAGGAAUUGACUGAAUUGAUUAUUUUCUAGGUAGCAAGUCCCCAGUCUAUCAUAAAUAGAGGCAACGUGCAUUGUGGAAAUUAACAUUGUCUUUAAGCGUCUUCAAAGUAAAUGUUACUGUGCAGGACAACAGAAUUUAAACUUGCCAGAUUUAAAUCCUGAUGGUACUGGAAUCAGCUUCCAGAAUUUCUGCUCAUUGAGGACUGUGUUAGAAUAAAGAUU